AGCCAGUCAGACCGCUUGCCCUUAUCAACCAAUGGAAUGCAACAGCUGCGUGGGGGGCCUCCAGGGUGGGCCGGCCAGAACCCCCCUGUCAGACCCCCGCCCUCCCCUCCACGGGGCUUGUGAAAGGCAGCUCAACUAAAAAGUGUGAGAGCCAGAGAGAGGGACUUGGCUGCGCUGCACAUGAAAACCGGAGAAGGAGAGAGAGAGGGAGAGAGAGAGAGGGCAAGAGAGAGACAGAGAGAGAGGGAGAGAGAGGGGGGAACCGAAAGAGAGGGAGAGUAAGGGACAGUGCUCUGAAAGGCAGACAUAAAGAGAAGGAAAGUGGAAUAGGGGAGGGGAGUUGAAAGCAGGGUGAGGGGAAGAAAGACUGGGAAAAGAGAGAAAACAAAAGAAAGAGCCAGACGGAGAAGGGGGGGAAGGGGGCUUUUGAAUGGCUACGGAGGAGACAGCCGGGGGAGCCCGCAAGGCUACCAAGAGCAAACUGUUUGAGUUCCUGGUCCAUGGAGUGCGCCCAGGAAUGCCCUCGGGAGCACGGAUGCCCCACCAGGGAGCUCCCAUGGGCCCCCCAGGCCCCCCGUACGGGGGGAGCCCCUCCGUGCGUCCGGGCAUGCCCAACCCGGUGAUGGAGCCCAGCCGCAAGCGCCCUGCCGCCACCCAGCAGGUCCAGCAGCAGCAAGCCGUCCAGAACCGGUCCAGAAAGAAACCAGUUGGAUUCCCUGGAGCCAAUGAGAUUGCAGCAAGACAGAUGGACAUGCGAGAUGCCCAAUCAGAUCCCACGCUUGGAUCAAAUGCCAAGAGAAGGAAAAUGGCAGACAAGAUUCUCCCUCAGAGGAUUCGUGAAUUGGUCCCAGAGUCUCAAGCCUACAUGGACCUCUUGGCAUUUGAGCGCAAGCUGGACCAAACCAUCAUGCGGAAACGCGUGGACAUUCAAGAGGCUCUGAAGAGACCGAUGAAGCAAAAACGCAAACUUAGGCUGUACAUCUCUAACACCUUCAACCCUGCCAAGCCGGAUGCAGAAGACUCUGAUGGCAGCAUUGCAUCAUGGGAGCUGCGAGUAGAGGGAAAGCUCCUAGAUGAUCCCGGCAAGCAGAAGAGAAAGUUCUCCUCUUUCUUCAAGAGUCUGGUGAUUGAGCUGGACAAAGAUCUGUAUGGCCCGGACAAUCACCUGGUGGAGUGGCACCGCACUCCCACCACCCAGGAGACAGAUGGCUUCCAGGUGAAGAGGCCGGGCGACGUCAGCGUGCGGUGCACGUUGCUGUUGAUGCUGGACUACCAGCCCCCCCAGUUCAAGCUGGACCCACGUUUGGCCCGUCUUCUGGGCAUCCACACCCAGACCCGCUCAGCCAUCAUACAGGCCCUCUGGCAGUAUGUCAAGACCAACAAGCUACAGGACGCCCAUGACAAAGAGUACAUCAACUGUGACAAAUACUUCCAGCAGAUCUUUGACUGCCCACGACUCAAAUUCUCUGAGAUCCCACAGCGUCUCACAAGCCUGUUGUUGCCUCCCGACCCCAUCGUCAUCAACCAUGUCAUCAGUGUGGACCCCAAUGACCAAAAGAAGACUGCCUGCUAUGACAUCGAUGUAGAAGUGGAGGACCCCCUGAAGAGUCAGAUGAGCAGCUUCCUCCUGUCUACGGCAAAUCAGCAAGAAAUCGCCUCCCUGGAUAACAAGAUCCAUGAGACCAUAGAGUCUAUCAAUCAGCUGAAAAUCCAGAGGGACUUCAUGCUUAGUUUCUCCAAAGAUCCAAAAGGCUACAUCCAGGACUGGCUCAAGUCCCAGAGCAGGGAUCUUAAGGUGAUGACAGAUGUUGUUGGGAAUCCUGAGGAGGAAAGGAGGGCAGAGUUUUACCAUGAGCCCUGGUCCCAGGAGGCUGUUAGUCGAUACUUCUAUUGCAAGAUCCAACAGCGGAGGCAAGAGCUGGAGCAGGCCCUGGCGGUGCGCAACACUUAAACUCUUCCCCAGUCACAUGCCCGUUUGCGACUUUCCGCCUUCUUAAUUUAGUUCCUGACAGACACACACCCUUCUUGUUUUCUUAUCAGAUAUUUUUGUUUGUUCUAAUUGAAUUUAGUGACCUGCUGUGACCUAUGGCUCAUGACCAAUCUUUGUGUGCCCUAUGUUGUCGGCCUACUUUUCUACCCCAUUGAAGUCAAACUCUGACACCCUCUCAUCCCCCUCAAACACAUUCACACUCGCGUACAUACAGACACACACAGCUGAUUACAGCUUGGUGUGGCCGUCGCUUUCCAUAACCUGAGGAUCACUGGCCAGUUGGCCUUUUCUGAUUCCUUUCAUCGUCUCUUCCUGUAGCGUGUCUGAAUUUUUAGCAUCGUCAACUUGCAGCUCCAGCCAAAAAGACCAUUCGACCUGAUGCCUGUAUAUUCUGUACAAAUUUACAAAGACUGCCCGGGUGCAUGUAUACUGUUUUUGAAUCUCGUCUCAUAGCAUGCGGUUGCAUUCUCUCCGACUGGACUCUGAACUGCAGCUGUGCAAGGGGGGAUGUACUAGGGACAGUUUUGAGCCUGUUUUUGUCACUGUCCUUUCAGUAUCAGUGUCCUUACAAUGAAAUCUUCCAUUGGCUCUGAGUGUGAGCCCACAGUGUCAGUGUUCAACAAAUUCCAUGUCCCAGUCUCUGUGACAAGCCUUCAGUGCUAGCAGUGAGACCCUACCGUUAUAUAUACGCAUAUUGCCUGUGUUAAAACCCUGUUGCGUCUUUGAAAGAAUUUUCGCUAUUGUUUUACACCUGCACUCACACUGAUUGCCCCGAGAGGCUUGACUAUGAGGUGUUUAUGAAGAGUCGGGGAAAGGGUAUUGAUCGUUGACUUUGAUUUGUGCUCAUUGUCACGAAUGGCAAAUAGUUUCCUAUGGCGCAUGUGGGCAUAUUUAUCGAGGAUCAAGAAGUAGGAGAUGCUUUUGUUGUCAUAACAGAUUCAGACAUUGGUGCUGAGCCUUGGAAUGUACAUCCACUAGAAUGAACUGAACUGGUCCGUAGGUGUAGGGCAACUUUCAUGUGGCCGUGGGUAUAUUGAAGUACAGCAAAUGUAAAAUGCUGUAUCUGUUCAUAACCAGAAAGUGGAGCCUGUGAGCCUGUACAGCUUGCUUCUGAAGCAGCCUGUUCCCCGUAUAUCAGUGUUUCUGGCAAGAACUAGUGCUGUAAUAAAAGUCAGCGCCAACAAUUUUACAUUCACAGAAGCCGAGUAAACAAGAUUCAAGUCAACCCUUUGUUUUUCAAUCACAACUUCAAGAACACUGCAAAAUUAAAUGAGAUGUCUCAAACUGUAUUUAUCACAGCUGGAGAUCAAAGAAAAUGACCUGUGGAUUUAAAAUUGUAUGCCUUAAAAUCCCUUAUCCAUGCAAACCAAAACUGAAGUUCCACCGGCCAGCAUUUAUUUCCAUAGGAACACUUGCUGACAGAUUCCAAACUGCUACAUAAUGUUCCCUCAGUGUAGCUAUGCUGCUGUUGCUGAUGGUACCGGGAAAUGUUACACAUUUGACGGGUUGCUGUACAUUUGGUACUCGUAGGGAAACAGAUGAGUCAAGUUUCAGAAUGAUUUCAGGUAUUAUAUUUAUUUGAUGGAUGUAAAAUGUUUUGUUGCUGAGGGAACAUGGCAUUCACUUAUGAAAAGGUCAUUCUUGAGAACUGUGUUUUAAUUAUCAGUAUUCAUAAUUUGUUUAAUAAUUCAGAAUUCAGUCAUUGUAGAUUUUAAAAAAAAUGUUGCUAGCAUAUUAAGGGCAAAGUAUACAUCAGCUUUAUGAAACAAAAACAAAUUCAAAAUGACUGUAAAGAAAGGGCCAUGUUUUUCAUAGUGUUAUGAUUGUUAACCUGUUGUUGACUUUUAAGAUACAUUUGCAGUGUUUAUAAGGAUGGUGUUUAAUUUAGGUUGUUAUGAAGGAAAAAAGGUAAUUGUGGCUGUAGGCAUGUCCACAAUAAUUGUUGCCUUAGCAACACAACAGAAGGACAUGGGCACUGUACAGUGGAACCUGUACUGCCACAUCAAACGUGCAUAUGAUGUAAACCAUCUGGGUAUAGGAGUAAGAAUGUUUUCAUAAGUAAUGCAAAUUAAGUUGUGCCCUUCUUGGUGGUUUGAGAAGGAGGAUGGUUCUGCAGUGUGUUUGGGUGUGCUUGAAAUGUUUUCACUUGUCUCCAGGGCAGGGCAGUGUAUUGCUUCAGUAGGACUUUUGUAAUGGGAAUGCAGAUUAAUUGGUGCUGCUGUUUAUGUUGAAACACUGAACUAGGUGUGAACAUUACCCAGAAGGUAACAGAAACUCAGCAGCUUGGGCUGAGGAUGGGCCAGAGCAAAAUGAGUGACGGUGCAAAGAACCGGCCCUGUAGCAUAUCUGCUUCUUGACAACCAUUGCACAAAAUUACAUUCCUCCAGAGCACCCAGAUGGGCAUGACAGCUCUGCAUGGUCCUGAUACUGGACUCUAUAGAAACUGGACUCACAGGCAGUGUGCUGAAGCAAAACACUACCCCCCACAGCUCCCAGCUGGUUCUUAUAUAUAUAUUAUUUAAAUGUAACUGAACACCCCUUCCUUAACAAUUUACAUUGUAAAGGAUUUUUAAUUCCCUCAGCACUCUCCCAUCCAACAAACUAAGAAUCAGUUACGAAGUACGAUGAAUUUAAAAAAUAAAGACAACGAUGCGUUUGUUUCCAACAUUGGGGAAUGUGUUUAUUUUCUCCUGAAACAUUGUCUCCUGGUCACCAUAGGUGUAGGCCCACAUUUGCCUUUUGCUUUAGUUUAGUGUGGCUUAUACUUGUGCCCUGAAAUGUAAGAGAGGAGGUGCCUUGACUGGAGCUGGUGCCUGUUUGGAUAAUAUAGCUGUCUCUGUGCUGUUUUCAUGUCAUGGCACCAUGUAAGUGUAUUUGGUUUUUUAAGACUUUUAAAAUGCCUGAGAAGUGUAGAAUUUUUAAGAAUUCCACUGCCGCAAACAGGACAAGGGAUUAAAAAGACACCUAUGCAUGCAGCAUGGACACAUUUUAUACUUUUUGAAACUAAAUUAUCUUUUAACCAUGAGGAAAUAGUAAUGAAGAACAUUUGAUUGCACUGAGCACCCAUUGUGAAGUAGUCUGCCUGUCUCUGCAAGUUGAAGCAAGCUGGGAGGGUUAGUGGAUUGGCUUAUUCAUAAACUAUGCCACAUACAUAACACUAAAAUAACUGUUUUUAAAUUAUCUUGCUGAUGUACAGAUCAAGUUCGCUAAAUAUUUUUAUUAACAAUCAACCAGUGGCUAGAAGUAUCUGCCUGGCAAUGUGGUCUAUGUUGCACUGACAAGGGGCCUCUUGCUGUACACCACUGUGUUCACAGGGGUCCUGUGGGGAACUAAAUCAUAAGGGAACCUUAAUUUCAGCCCCAGUCCAUAAUAACCCUGGGGUCAGGUGAUUCCCUCCUCCCCUGCCACACAUACACCUUUUAAUCGAGAUACAGAACUUUGCCCUGUAUAGCAAUAUCUCUUGUAUGUUGGCAGGGGGGACACUCCAGAUCUUCCCCGGCAUUAUACUGCUAGUGUUGUUGCAAACCACUGCCAGCGCCUUGACUUCUAGUCAGUAAUUAAAAACGAACUCCCCCCACUUGGGACAAGAGGAAGAACUGCUGUGACUUUCAGAGACAGUGCGGAUGUAAGUAAAGGGAGCGUUUGCCAAAGUUUGUACUUAGUCCCAGGGCCGUGCCCUUUUGUCAGGGUAAUAAAAAUUUCAGAUGUCAGUCAAGCAUUUGAAGCAGUUUAUGUGGCUGUUAUGUGGCUCCUGUUUCUGACAUGUGCCUGGUUAUACAAUGGUGUGUUUAAAAGCCUAGUCUAAUUGUUUGUUUGUUUUUUGUUUUUACCAAAAAAGACCUUAUUUGACAGGAUGGCUUCUGUUGUUGUCUACCGACUGGUGUACAUUUGAAUCAGUGUUACUUUUUGUUCAGUCACAGAUUCAGUUGUCCUCUUUGGCUUCACCUAUGCUCCCUCAAGGAUAUGGAUCCAGGGAGGUACCAAAUAAAUUAAAAAUAAGCAUGCAUGUAUGGUUAAAUAAUGUUCAUUUGCUUCUAAAGCAAAUACAGAUAAAUCACUGUUUUGACAGUGGAAUUGGCUAUAUUGCCAGUUUUGUCAUGUGAGGUGGGGAGAGGCGCAAGCCUGGAACCUGUGGCAGGAGGGGGUCACAUAAAGAAGAAAACCUGAACUGUGACACCACCAGGGAACACAUACAAUUCCCAAAAAUUGAGGAAUCAGCCAGAACCAGGAUUAGGCUAUGGAAAGACAUAUUACCAGUUGACCAAAAUAGACAACCAUCUUUCUGAUCCAAAGGGCUCAAUGUCCUUAUAUUGAGGGCCCAGGAAUGAUUUGUUCUGUCUGCAUGACAGGAAAAAGCUGUUCAAUAACUGAACAUGCAUAACAUUGUUUUACCUAUGUUGACAUGGUAAGACAGUACUGCAUGUUGUACUCCUCUUUGUGUGGUAGAUUAACUGUAGCUCUGCUGGAAAUGAGGGCAUUGGAUAAAACAUAUGCAGUUUAUUGUUUUAGUCCCACAGCAAAGUCAACAGCGGCCGAUGAAGACUGAAAUUUGAACAGAAGCCUUUGCAGUAUUAGAAACAAUAGUUUGCAUUGUUCUAGUAGGGGAAACAUUCUUUUCCAUUUAUUUGUUCAGUUCUGUUUUGACUCGAUUGGAGGUGUACUGCCAAUGUCCUGCUGGUUGUAAAAAAACAUUCAAUAAAACAUUUGUAGUGACACCA